UUUUCAAGCUUGCCACAAGCAAGACGUCAGUGCGCGCGUGCUGCGAGUUCGAAAUCGAAAAUAACUCAAGAAAUCGUAAUUUCAAAAAUCGAGAAGAAUUCAUACGAUCCAGGAAAAGAACCAGCUAAUAUUGGAAUAUAAAACCUACCCAGUGAUAAAAUCGGCGGUGCUUCGAUGUGCGCGUAGUGGUCCGUAACCGUAUGAUGAGCCUGACUGUGCUCUCGCCACCGCAACGUUUUAAGCGAAUCCUGCAAGCCAUGAUGUUAGCCGUCGCCGUCGUCUACAUGACCCUACUGCUCUACCAGAGCGCCUACGGAUAUCCGGGCAUCCAAGUGCCGCACAGCCAGGUGGAUGCCCUUGCCAGCGAAGCCGUGACCACACACCGCGACCAGCUGCUCCAGGACUACGUGCAGUCCUCCACGCCCACUCAGCCGGGGGCAGGAGCUCCGGCCGCCUCCCCCACCACCGUCAUAAUCCGUAAGGAUAUACGCAGCUUCAACUUCAGCGACAUCGAGGUCAGUGAACGGCCCACGGCCACGCUGCUGACAGAAUUGGCCAGAAGGAGCCGCAAUGGGGAACUGCUCCGCGAUCUGUCCCAAAGAGCGGUGACUGCGACACCACAGCCGCCGGUCACCGAGUUGGAUGACAUUUUCAUCAGCGUGAAGACGACGAAGAACUAUCACGACACCCGGCUGGCGUUGAUCAUCAAGACCUGGUUCCAAUUGGCCCGCGAUCAGACCUGGUUCUUCACGGACACCGAUGAUCACUACUACCAGGAGAAGACAAAGGGCCAUCUCAUCAACACGAAAUGCUCACAGGGCCAUUUUCGCAAGGCGCUUUGCUGCAAAAUGUCCGCUGAAUUGGAUGUCUUCCUUGAGAGUGGCAAAAAGUGGUUCUGUCACUUCGACGAUGACAACUAUGUCAAUGUGCCGAGGCUGGUCAAACUGCUGGACGAGUAUAGCCCCAGUGUGGAUUGGUAUCUGGGCAAGCCGAGCAUCUCGUCGCCGCUGGAGAUCCACUUGGACAGCAAGAACACGACAACAAACAAGAAGAUAACCUUCUGGUUCGCCACUGGCGGCGCUGGCUUCUGCCUCAGUCGAGCCCUGACUUUAAAAAUGCUACCCAUAGCAGGUGGCGGCAAGUUUAUCAGCAUUGGCGACAAGAUACGUUUUCCGGAUGAUGUCACAAUGGGUUUUAUUAUUGAACACCUUCUGAAAGUCCCUCUAACCGUGGUGGACAACUUCCACUCGCACUUGGAGCCCAUGGAGUUCAUACGCCAGGAUACGUUCCAGGACCAGGUGUCCUUCAGCUAUGCCCACAUGAAAAACCAGUGGAACGUGAUCAAGGUGGACGGCUUCGAUAUGAAGACCGAUCCCAAGCGCUUCUACUCCCUGCACUGCCAGCUUUUCCCCUACUUCAGCUUCUGCCCGCCCAGAUGAACUGGAUGAUCCCGAUCCGAGAUCCCUGGGGAUCCUAUUUGGCUGUUGCAGGCGCACGUCUGCACUGGGUCGGUUGUGAACCGAUGGGGCAGGCGUCAAAAUCAAAUCUCGCCACUGUGAUUUAACAUUAAGCUUAUGGUAUACGAGCAACGAAAGGUUCUUUGUAUAUAUGUAUGUAUGUAUUGAGCAGCUUCCCGCUGGACAGAUGUGCUUCCUAAUGGUAUAAGAAAUACUGUAGCUGUAGGUUUUGCAAUUCCAACACUUCCAAGUGCUUCCCUAUAGCGUUACACGCGAUUCUUCCAAUCGGCUUAGUGCGUAGUUAAAUUAAUGGUCUAGUCUACGUUUAAGUUAUCUUAGAUUCAGAGAGACCGCUUGACCCUCUGCUGUGUAAUACUGUAAUGCAGUCUAAUGUUUGCCUAAUCUAGCAAUAUGCAUGUAUAUAGUAGAUUAAUGAACUAAGCAAUGUUUAAACCAUUUUGUUAAUUUUUAGUUUGCUUGAAUAAAACUGAAUAUUUUAUUGAAAAA